ACCUUCCUCCGCCAUGUUGUCCGAGUUGUCAGAAUACGCGCGACACUCGCAGUUCCGUUACCAACCUCAAAGCGGCGGCGCAGCCUUUUCGUAAGCGGCCCAGCGAGCUUCGGGAUUGGCUGGAGCAGCAGCAGCAGAUCCAAUCAGGAAGCAGCGCGCGCACAAGCUCUGGGCCUGGCAACGCUGACCCUCCACGGCUGAGGAGACCUGGAGUCGGUGGCUCUGUCACGGCUAAGAAAAUCAGAAAGCGCAUGUCAAUGAAUCAGCAAGAUCUAGAUCCAGUUAAUACCACAGACGUGGACCAGGUUACAGAUGCUGAAAAAAAACUUAUUAAAGAAUGUGAAGAAAUAUGGAAGGAUAUGGAAGAAUGCCAGAAUAAAUUAUCACUCGUUGGAACGGAGACACUUACCAAUUCAAAUGCUCAGCUAUCAUUAUUAAUUAUGCAAGCAAAAUAUUUGGCUGCUGAACUUAGUCAAUGGCAGAAAGAAACUCCCAAAAUUACACCCCUGAAUGAAGAUGUUCUAGCAACAUUAGCAAAAGAAAAGUUCCAAAAAUUGAGACAUGAUCUGGAAAUGGUACUGUCUACUAUGCAGUCAAAGAAUGAAAAGUUAAAGGAAGACUUGAAAAGGGAGCAACAGUGGUUGGAUGAACAAGAACAGAUACUGGAAUCUCUUAAUAGAGUAUACAAUGAACUGAAAAACCAGGUUGUACCAUUUUCUGAAUCAAGAAUCUUUAAUGAGCUGAAAACUAAAAUGGUUAAUAUAAAAGAAUAUAAGGAGAAGCUUUUGUUUACCUUGGGUGAUUUUCUUGAAGACCAUUUUCCUCUGCCUGAUGGAGAAGUUAAAAAGAAAAAGAAAAACAUUCAAGAACCAACUGCACAGCUGGUAACACUGCAUGAAAUGUUAGAGAUUCUUAUAAAUAGAUUAUUUGAUGUUCCGCAUGAUCCGUAUGUCAAAAUUAGUGAUUCCUUUUGGCCACCUUAUAUUGAGCUGCUGCUGCGUAACGGAAUUGCCUUGAGACAUUCAGAAGAUCCAAACCGAAUAAGAUUAGAAGCCUUUCAUCAGUAAAAGGAUGUAAUCCUUUUCAUGCAGUCUUAAAAUACCUUGUCAUUCAAGGAUGAUGGAAACACUGAGGACUAUUUGGAUAAAAAAUGUUAUUUGCAAAUCAAAGUACAUAGUCCAUCUUCCUUAUAUCCUUAAAUGACACCUGCUGUUACCUGUUCAUUUUAAAAUUGUCCUUUCUCAUUCAGUCAGUGCUUCUGUGUUUUAAACUGUGUGGACAAAAAUGCAGAUAAAAAUUAUUCUAUACUUAACUGCUAUAAAACAUUUAAUGCACCUUAUCUCACACAAUAUUCUUUGAAAGAUUCUUUGUUAAUUUGUGAUAUUGCUAAUGUAAUUCUUCAUAAAUUUUUAAGUUUCUUAUGCAUUUUGAAUUCCAUUUGGUACUUAACUCCUUUGUGUAUAGGAAAUCUAAUGGAAAGGUUGUUUAAUUUGCAGAUGGUUUUAAAGUUCAAGUAGUAUUUGACAUAGAAGGUAGAAUACUUUUAAAAUAUUUAACAAAUCUGUUUCAUUUAUACUGCCUUAUUUGUAGAUUUGUUAAAAAUUGGAACAUCAAAAAACCAAUGGACAAAGCUAGCAAAAUAUAUUUUAAUGUAUAUUAUUUACUAAGUGAUAUUAUAUAUUUAACCACUCGAUUCUGCUAAUUAUCACCAACAAAAUUGUGUUUAUAACAUUUUGUUAAUCCUUUGUGAAUUUUCUGUAAAUAAAAUUCUCUCAUCUAAAGACUCUUUUUAGUGAUAUGGCACCAUAUUUUUAUUCACAGAAGACUUUUUCACAAAUAGAGAAAUUAAGCUACUAUAGAACUCAUUCAGGAUUGAGUCCUUUUAGGGGAAGAUGACAUGUAAAGUACCUUCUUAGAAUACUCCUGUUGGGAGUUCAAAGAAUGAGUAAGUUCUAUUUCUUGAAGUUACAAGAGGCAAGAUGUAGUUAUGGUAGUGUGAGCCUGACAAUAAUUCUUCAAAGCCAGGGAACUCCUCUGUGUUCCAAAUUACAGAAAAGAAUGGAUAACGGCAGUAAACAGCUUGGUGAUUUAUCUAGCAAGUCUUUAUGUUUUACUGGUAAAUCUACUUAUUAAGAUAGUUUUUUUACAGGAUCUUGUAUAAAAGGAGUGCUGGUGAUGCAGUGGUUAAAGUGCUUAGCUGCUAACCAGAGGGUCAGUGGUUUGAACCCACCAGCCACCCCACAGGAGAAAGACGUGGCAGUCUGCUUCCAUGAAGAUUUCAGCCUUGGAAACCCGAUGGAGCGGUUCUACCCUGCCCUGUGGGGUCGAUAUGAGUCGGAAUUGACGGCAACAGGUUUAUCUUGUAAAAGGCUGUAAAGGAACUACGAUUGUAUCCUACUUUAAUUCAUUAACCUAGUCUUCUUACAUAGAAAGAUUGCUUGCCCACUUUUGAUCUUAGAUAUAAACAAAGUAAAUUAUAGUAGAAUUAGUUAGUCUUGAUUUGUAGCCCAUCUAAACUUAGAACUCUUAAAGCCUUUUGUGGUUUUGAGUAUGUUUGAGAAAAUGUUUCCAGUGCUAAGAAACUAUAUCUGUCUUCAGUUUUUAUUGAUUUAAGAAAAUCAGUGAAAUUUAUUUAGAUUUAGAAUUUGUUUUUAUAUUAUUGACUCUCAAAACAUGAUAAUGCAAAAUAUCUAAAAAUAAUACCAUAUUCUAGAUUUCCCAUACCAGAUGGUGAUAGUAAUAUAAAACAGAAAUUUAAUAAGAACAUAAAUUUAUUUUAGUCUAUCACAGAUAUAUUUAACUUUGUUAUUAAUACGUAGGACUAUAUUGAUUUGGGGAAACUAAAUCUCUGUUUAGUUGGAAAUUCAACCUAGUUGAAUAAGACCCUGUUAAGUCUUAUCCUGUGUUUUAUUUAUUUGACAUCUAUAUUAACAUUCCUGUAUCCUUAUUUUCCUUAGUUUACUUUUUUGUUAUUUAGUUUGCUUUUAGUUUACUUUUUUGUUGCAUUUACCAAGAGUUAUAUUUUUCAAUUCUAUACAACUUCUUACCUCAACUUAAUUUUCUGAAAUUUCAACUUAAUGAUUAUUAAUAACAACUACUAAUAAUAACUGCAUCAGAAAUAGUAAAUGAAAUGACCUAUUGCCUUUUUAGUGUUUAUUAGUCAAAACAUUAAAAAUAUAUAAUUUUUAUGCUAGCAGUGCCCACUCAUAGACUUAUCUAUAAAGUGUUUUUUCCUAAAAGUUUCUAUGUAUUUAUCAAUAUGCUGCCAGUUGUCAAAUGCAACAUACCAAAUACUUUAUGAUUAUUGUUACAUUGUACAACAUGUUGACUCAGAAAUGACAUCAAUUAGUAAAGUGAAAAUUAUAUGCUAUUAGCUUAUUUUUAGUAUUUUUUUCUAGUUGUUUGUCUUUCAACCUAGUUUGAGUUGCAUUUCCCUUUUUACAGUAUGUAGAGCUUUUAAUCUUUAAUUAAUUUUUAAUUACACAUGUGCUGCAUGAAUGUAUUCUUUUUUGAAAAAUUAUGACAGUAUAAAUAAAUUUAAAGCCUCCUUUGACCACAUUUCCAAUCUGGAUCUCACUUAUCAUGAGGUAACAUUUUUUGACCACAUUUCCAAUCUGGAUCUCACUUAUCAUGAGGUAACUAGUGUUUGAUACAUGCUAGUAUUUUUCAUAUAAUAUGAUCAUGCUGUCCUAUGUCCUACUGUUUGACUGUGUCCAGAGUGGAAUAACAUCCAUUGUAACGCAUCUUGCUUUGUACUAAUCACAGAACCAACUUACAUGAUGGUGAAUUCUUACAAAUCUGCUCACUAUCCCCGUGUAAAAUUUCUACAUCACAAUUUUUAGUUUAGUGUUAAUGCAGUCUUUAGUAUAACAACAUAAUUUAGUGGCUCAGUGGUUAAGAGCAUGGCUGCUAACCAAAAAGUCAGCCUUUCAAAUCUACCAGCCACUCCUUGGAAACCCUAUGGGAUAGCUCUACUCUGUCCUAAAGGGUCACUAUGAGUCGGAAUCAACUCAAGGGCAGUGGGUUUGGUUUAGUUCAACUGUAUUUAUUUUUUGGAAAGAUAAUUUUGGUUUAACUUAAUUUUCAAAUUGUCCCUUAAUUUUUCUAAAUAAUAAAAGAUUGUUCCAACCACAGAAGUGCUCUAUUCUUUGACACAAUACAAGAAGCAACGUUUGUUACCCAUUUCCAUAUAUACUUGGGGCAUGUAGAAAUCAGAGCAAGAGUGCUGGCAGGAAUAUGUGAAAGAGUCAUGGAUAAUUCAUAUGCCCAAGUUUACUAACAUAAUGUGAUGGGAGGAAAAUGCUUACUUUCUCUUGAAUGCUUUGGUUAAUGACCUGUAAUAAGUUUGUUUUUUUUUUUUUGUUUGAUCAUUAUCACUCAAAGAAGUACUAAAUUCAUUUCUAGUUGGUAACUGGUUGGGGUACCUAUUAUAAAGAUGGAGAGAGAAGAAUCUUGAGUCUUAGUAAUUUUGUUUUCUUGGUUUUUGCCGUUCCUGCUGUCUGUUAAAAAACAUGCCUAAAACGUUAAGUCUCUGUGUCCUGUAUUAAUUGUACUGUGGACUACUAGGCCACAUUCACUGUCAAAUAAUAGGAUUAUGAAUUAUCUAAAGAGAAUAUAAUUUAGUUUAUGGACAUUCAUCUGUAUCAUUUCAAAAGGGGCCUUAAAUACAGAGGGAUAUUUUCAUCCAGAAUUAGUCAAGAUUGUUGCUUUUAAGUUAAGAACAAAUAUCAAAGUAAAAAUCCCUUCCAGUGCCAUGAGUUAGGAUACAUACAAUGAGCAACACUGUUUUAGAAUUUUGUCCUCUGUACCUGGCUUACUCUCAAAUAUAAUCAACCCUGUUCUGUGUACCAGAAGCCAAGUUGGUAUAACAUAGUCCAGACCUACUUGUACCUCCUUAUUUUCCACUCUUCCUUAAUAAAUACCUUUGGUUCUAAUCAUAAUGACUUCUUUGAACCAUGAGGUUGCUAUGCUUAUGGUUGCCACCAUUGCUUAGCCUUCAAUUAGAACGUACAUCUCUCUUUCCUCUCUCUGUUCAAAAUAUACUUAUUUUUAAAGCCCUGUGUCCCUAAUCUCUCUGGAACCUUCCCUGAUUACUCUGAUUUUCUUUCACCUUCCCUGAACUCCUGCAGCUUUUUGUCUGCGUCACAUAAUAUAUCAAUUUCUUCUUUAUUUUGUAUAAUGAGGGAUGCAGAAAGUGAGGUCUUGGAGAGCCAUAUAAUGCUUUUCUAGCGAGUUUUGACUUGUUUCUGUAAGCCAGGACUUCUUCCUAAUGCAUCUGUAUCCAUUGUCACUGUUAAGGGAUGGUGAGAUAUCAACAUUAAAUAGAGUACUUACAAAUAUAAGGUAGAUGUAGCAAUACUGAAAGGAGGAGAAAUAAAAAAGCAUUAAAUGUGACCACAGCAAAAACUAGAAACCCUGUAAGGUGCCAGGAGUUUGCUAGACUGGUAGAGAAGGGUGCCAUUAAACUAGGAAUCAUGUAAAACACUAUAAUAUUAUGAAAGAGAACAAGAAGAAAGUAAAAUCCACAUCAAAUAAUAACAAGAAAUUAGGAACUGAAAUUUCACACAAAUCAGCUGAAGAAAAUCCCUCCUCUUCAACCAUUAAACAGAAGAAAAUGUAGUUCUACACUCCAAAUACAAUUAAAUGUAUUCAAGAAAGCAUUUGAGGAUUUGAAAACCCACAUUGAAUUAGAAAUUUAACACUAAGAACAAAUGGAGAAAAUAAAAGAUUAAAUUCAGGAAUGACAUGGAAGACAAAGACAAAUUAUCUCAGAAAUACAGAGUGAAUUACAAGAUGUCCAAUAGAGAGUAGACUCAAAUAAAAAAUUAUAAGAGGCAUUAAAAAGGCAGGAAAACAACGAAGAGUAUGAAAAAGACGUAAAGAAGUAGAAGAGUUAGAAACAGUGGAAAUGGAAGUCAGGCAAAAAAGGGGUAAUAUCUGUAUUAUUGGAGUUCCUGAGAAAGAAAACAAUAGAAAAGAACUAAUAUUUAAAAUUAUAAUCAAGAAAUAGAAAAAUACCUGAACUUAUACCUCGAAAGGACUCAGUGGAUAAAUGGGAGGCUAUACCCAUAAUUAUCAAUUCCAGUACAUAUUGUAGUAAAACAGAUUUCAAAGAAAAAUAUCUGCAAAGCUUCCUGGUAAAAAUAAAAGAUCAAAUAACUUACUAAAACAAAAGAAUUAGAUUUGUGUCAGACUUUUCAAAACCAACAUACAAAACAAGGCAGCAAUUGAGCAAUUUUUGUUUUUUCUUUAAACUUAAGGAACACAUGAACUAAAGGUAUUCUACCCAACCAAGUUACCCUUCAAAUAUCAAAGUUUUAGAAAAACAGUUUACAAUAUACAAGAAUUCUAUAUCCAACAACUCUUCUUGGGGAAUUUUACAGGAUGAGCUUUAUCAAACUAAAUGAUGAUUGUAAAAUUCAGCAAAAGGACUGAUGGGGAGCUUUUAAAAACAUACAAGCAUACAUAUAAAAACUAAAUCAAAGGUGAGUAUGACCAUGGAGGACUAAAUGUACAAAUGCUAUAUAUUGUGACAAAUUAUAAUUCUUUAAAAUGAGGAAAGGGAGAAAGCAAAAUAGGAAAAGCUUGUCAUAUAGACACUAGGUUAGUGUUACAAGGACACCAAACAAAAGCUGGUAAACCAGAUAGUAAAAAGUCAAAUAAGAGAAAAAGUAUAAGUAAAAAAAGUAAUCACUAGAACCAAAAUGCAAACCUUCCCAGAUACCAGAAAAUUUUUCAAUAAAAGAACAGGAAAUACGUAUUUCAUAGAGAGACAUAGCAAGUAUAAAAAAUGCACAUAAUUAUAAAAUAUGAUGAUGUCUGGGAAGAACUCCAACCUCAGAGGAUGGCAAGGAGUAUACCUGUCACAGCUUUGUAAGUGCUGAAAGUAGAUAAGAUUUAAUAAAUCGGAGCAAGACAGUUGUUACAGCACUGCAAACUCCAAGUCCCAUUGAGCAACAUGAUGGGCACAGAUGGAGGUUACACAUGCAGUGGGUUUUGCCACAGAUAAGAAAGCCAGGACCAAAGAAGACUCAGCACCUUUUUAGCAAGCAUCAAACAAGCCAGGCCAAUUAUUGGGGAGGAAGCAUUUAUGUAGUAGUCACACUGUGGUUUCCUUAAGACCAGAAGACCAGAUAGUCAUGCUUGCCUAUGUGACUUGGCCUUAGAAACUAUUCAGUAUCAGGGGAUGGGUAAGCCUUAUAGUUCUUUACUCAGCAAGAGCGUACAGGGAUGUUCAGGGUCCUCCUAUUCUAGACCAAACCUAUUAGUCAAAACAAUGAGAAUGGGGCUUAACUCACAAAGCAAAACUGAACUGGAGUCUAAACACCUAAAACAGUGAUUUGGAAAGGUGAAAAACAAAGAGAAAAAAAAAAAAAGCUUAUGAAGCAAAUGAAAAUAGCGGGGAUAGAAAACGUCAUACCAAACAAAGUAAGAUGCAAGCUGAAAUGGAUAAAAUUGACAAGGAUACUUUUUAUGCUAAAAGCUACAAUCCACAAUGAAGAUAAGAAUAUUUAUGUACUAUGUAACACAGUAACCACCUGUGGGAAGCAAAAACUACAGGAGAUGCAAGGAGACACAGAAACUCAAUAGCAGAGUUCAACACACCAGUCUUGUUACAAGACAGAUUAAAUGGACAAAAAAUAAGGAGAACUAAGCAACACAUCAACAUGGUAGAUAUUAUGGAUAUAUAUCAAGCUUUCCAUCAUAAGAAUAGAGAAUACAUGAGUCCUACAGUACAUUCACAAAAAUCAAUCAUGUUUUAUGUCAUAAAACAUUAGUAAUUCAGUAAAUUAGAAUUAUUACAAACAUUGAUUACAAACAUUAAAACUAGAAAUUACUAACAGAAAGCAGAAAGGCCCUUCCAUUUGGAAAUUAAAAACCCUCCUAUUUAAAAAUUCCUUGGUGAAGGAGAAAAUACAAAUUAUAGGAUUUACAAACAAUGUAUUGACAAAACACCAUAUCAGAAUCUAUGAAAAGGAUCUAAAGUGUCGAUCAGAGGAAAAUUCACUGCAGUAAAUACUUUUAUCGAUAAAAGUGAACAAAUAAGAAUGAAUUAAGUUCCCAGCUCAAAAAACUAGAAAAAAAUCUACAAAGUGUACCAAAACCAAACCAAGUACAAAGAAGGAAAUAAUGAAGAUAAAAGCAGAAAUUAAUGAGGAAGAGAGAUAAAAACCCAUAGACCUAAUUAGUAAAUAAAAAUGACAACGUAGGGAUAGCCAUUGAAACAAGAAAAAAUUUUAAAGUCAUACUAUUUUGCAGAACUCUAUGCAAAUAAAUUUGAAAAUUAAAUGAAAAGGAUAAUUUUCUAGGGAAUAACAGAUUACCAGAAUUUACACCAUCUGAGUUUGAAAGCUUAAACUGAACAAUUUCCAUAGAAGAAAUAGAGACAGUUAUGAAGGAAUUACCCCACAGAAACACACCAGGCUCCGAUGAUUUCAAAGGGUAAUUCUACCACACAUUCAAAGACCAGACAGUCACACUGCUUUAUAAAUUAUUCCAGAGCAUUGAAAAUGAAGGAAAACUCCCUAAUUUAUAAAGCAACUGUAACACUGUCUCCUAAAUCAGGUAAAGACAGUACUAAGAAAAUCAUAGAUCAAUAUCAUUUGUAAAUAUGGAUGGGAAAAUUAUAAAACAUUAGCAAACAAAAUCCAACACCACAUUAAGAAAAUAAUGUACCAUGACCAAGGGAUAUUUAUUCUAGGAAUGCAAAGAAGGUUCAAUAUUAGAAAAUCCAUUAUUAAACACAAUACUAAUAAAUAUAAGGUAAAAAUUAUGUGAUCGUCUCCAUAGAUGCUAAAAAAGACUUUGUCAAAAUUUAAC